AUGGCUACUACCCAGGAGGGUAGCGAUCCAGAGCCUAUCGUGUCUCCUGCAGCUGAUUCACUACUUUUCAUUGUCGGUCCCUGCAAAACAGUCUCCGCCGUCCACGAAAGAAUCAUAGAUGCUCACUCGCCGGUCCUCGCAGCGGCCGCCAAGGAGAGCUGGCGCGGGUUCGACAGCAAUGAGGUAGAACUACCGGACGAUGAUGAGAAGACUUUCAGCGACUAUGUAAGCUGGCUGUACACAAGCACACUUUACGGCUUUCACUGGUCCAACGCCAAUGCCUAUGAUCGACUGUUCAAGCUUUAUGUCCUGGCCGACAAACUCUUGGACUCCGAAUGUAAGGAUCGCACUAUCGAGACCAUUCUGGGAGUCAUAUGGGAUCAACAUAUUGGAGACUUUGGAAAGUGCCUUUUCCCCAGUGUCUCGGAAGUCCACUUCGCAUAUAACAACACGACGACGGACUCGCCACUCCGGCAAAUCAUUGUGGAACUGCAUGUUUAUGAAGCCAAGUCCAGGAUGACAGGGUUUCUUACCCUCCGGACUUCGUGCAGGACCUGGUGCAUCAAUUCUACGCCAAGCGCGAGUUGUCCGAGGACGGGCGUCAGGAACGCAAAGACUUCUUCGCCAAAGGCAAGGCUUUUAGCUGGUCAGAGUGCACCAUGUAACGGCCAGUCAAAGAAAGAGAGGACGCUGUUGGGCGGUAUCCAGUCAAUGAAGAGGAGCAAAGCCACACAGGCUUGUUAG